AUGAAGAAUGUGCAAAGAGAACAAGAAGGAAAAAAAAAUAAUGAUGAGGUAGUUAGGAGUAGUGAAGCGAACUAUGAUCCUUUGAGUGGCGAAAAUAAAAAAUGGAUGGACGAGACUUGGUUCGAAUCGAAUAGAGUGUGCAGUAAUAUCAGUGUAGAUUACUCCGUUGACAAAUGUAGGGAACGAGUCGGGGAGGAAAUUGGAGAGGUGUUCAGAAGCGAGGGUGCUAACUCCAGGGAGGAUAGCAUCCCUGAUAAAGAUGUACACACCCUAAUGGGAGAAGCAGAAGGAAAGGAGGGAGAAGUACUGCGUAAGGAGGAACUCCUUUUUGAGAGCAAGCCACGUAGUUGUCUCAAGGAGGCAAGUCAUUCAGGUGAUCAUCUGAACGACGAAAAUGGCUACGAACGAACGGGCUACGUCAAUGUGCCCCCCUCAGGGGGAGAAAAAAUAGGUGAAGAUAAUAGACAUUGGAAAAUUCCCCUGGAGGGAGGAAAGACGGACGAUCUUCUAUCCCCGAAGGGGAAAAAAGAAGUAGAGAAAAGGUUUAAAGAGAAGAAGUGGUUACGUAAAAAGGGAGUAGACAGAAAGGAAAACACCGCACAUACAAUGUCUGACCAAAAGGGGAGCGAGAAGCUGGAACACCUGAAGGACAUCCUACAUGAACAGCUAAAAAAAAAAAAACAAAUUUUGGAGGAAAAGCUAAGGGUAAGAUUGCACGAACGGAGUAAGCUAGAGGAAGACGUGAAAAACGCAGGGAUAGAACUCUUUCGAGUGAAUAAAGAAAACGAUUUCUUAAAUAAAAAGGAACAAGAAUUAAGUGAAGCGAUAAGGAAUAUGAAAAAUGAGAGGGAGAAGCAGUUGGAAAAGCAAAUUGAAUUGAAACAAAAUUACAACAAACAAAUGGCAAGUUUGAAGAAAGAACUGAAUUAUCAAUCUGAUGUCUUCGGCAAGUUUAAUAAUAGCCUUCUCGAACUGAACAACCUGAAGAGAUACUUCGCCUUGGUGAAUGCCAAUUCGCGUAUUAGUGAAAAUGUGUUGAGUUCGGGGAGGCAGAAGCGGCAGGGGAAGGUAAGAAGUGGAGAGAAGGAGGCUACCUUAAAGGAAAAUGGGCAUGAGGGGGAGGCGCCCCUGGUAAUAACAGAGUCAGCCAUACAGAAGAGGGAAAAUAUUCUGAACAAAAUGACUCAUGAUUUGAACGAAAUACAAAACGACAUUGAUACAAAGAAGGAUAUAGAAAGGAACGAGCAAAGGGAAUGUACAAAUUUGGAAAGACUGAUAAAGGAAGAGAAGGAAGAGUACGUAAAAUUGAAGAAGGGGAGGCAGGAUAUGUUGAAGGAUUUAAACGAUUCGAUUAGCAAAAUGAAACUGAGAGAUGAAGCGAUAGAAGAAAUGAACACAAAACUAAUGGAGCUAAAGUCAACCAUAUACGAUAUGGAGAUACAAAAGGAUGUCCUCACGAAGGAACUUACAACGGAAAAGGAGAAAAAGGAAAAGCUGCAGUCUGAGCUGGGAGCACUACAAAAGGAGAAAGAACGAUCUAUACAAGGGAAGGAAAAGUUCCAGAAGGAAGUUCAUACCAUUGUACAGCAAAUUGAGGAGGUCAAAGUGGGAAUACAAAAUGAGCGAAACAAGUAUAUACAAAUGAACGAUGAAAUAGGUAAACUCAAAAAAGACAUUCGAAACGAACAGAACAAAAUAAAGAUAGUAAAAAAUGACAUGAACAAAAAUAUCGAUAAAAUAAUUAAUAUGUAUACAGAAGAAAUUAAAGUGAACCAUUUUUCCUUAAAACUGAAAAACGAUCUUUCCAAGGUAAAGGAAAACAUAACGAGAAAGGAGAAUGAAAUUGAAAAUUACAAAAAUGGUAUUAUACGAAUUAAGAUACAACAAAUUUUGGAAAGUACAAAGAUUGAAAAUGUACAAGAGAAGGUAAAAAAGUUGAAUGAAGAAUUUGAAGAGAAACAUCAACUCCUAACUACCUAUGAUCUUGUGAUAAAGAAAAAUCACUACUUGAUUGAAAAUAAGCAACUGGAGGUAGACAGACUUAACGAGGAGUUUGACAAGAAAAAUAGAAAAAACUGUGAUGACCACGGAAUGCCUCUUACAUUAAACGUAAAAAUUGAAAAACUAAACAAACAGAUAAGGGAUGUACUGAAGCAGAGCAGACAUUUGGAAAAAGAUUGGUUCUUAAAGCAGUCUGAAAUGAUAAAAAUACAAAAUGAAAAUCAAAAGAUGACCGAAGAAAUGCUCAGGGGGAGAGAUUUACGACUGAUUCUGAAUCAGAAGAAAUGCGAAUUGCAGGAAAAUUUAAAAAACUCACAAAAUGUACUUAAAAAAAUAAAUAAAAAUAUUAUGUACAUACGGUUACAGCUGGAAAAGUUCGCCUCCAAAAAUUCUGAUACGCUGACGGAAAUCGAGAAAAUGCAAGACGAGAUGCUAAAGUGGAGUGAAAAAAAAAACAUCAAAGUGGACGAGUAUAAGCGGAAAAAGGAAAACUUAAAAAAUGAUAUAAACUCAUUAAAAAGUGAAAAAGAAAAAUACCAACAAGACCUCUUACAUUAUGAAAAUAGAAUUCUCAUUUUGGAAAACAAAAUUGACCAGAAGAAGAAACUACAGGAAGUUAUUAAGGAAUACACAGAAAAUAAGGAUAUCCUCCUUUUGAAGAAAAACAUACAGGCGAAAAAUGAUCUGAUAGAAAAUGCAAAAAAACAGCAAAAUAUUCUCCUCACAAAUAUCAAACAGGCAUUAAAUAAGAGAAACGAAUUGGAGAAUAAAAAAGAAGCAUUCCAAAAAAAUGUCGACAACGGAACUAAUGUCUCCUUUAAAAUAAAACACGAAAUUUCUUUUGUUAAAAAAAAUGUAAAGGAAUUUAAAGGAAAAAAACUGUCCCUAUCUAACUACUUAACCGAACUCAUCCACUCGUAUGACCAACUCACCAAUCAAACAGAACAAGAGAAGACACACCUCCAAAGUCUGAACAGACUCUGUGACAUUUACGAGGGCAUAGUCAAGAUACAAAAUUGUGAGAAGAAGCAUCGAUUCCAGGAAUUGUUAAAAUUUCAAAAUGCAGUAAAAAAUGGUGGCUCUCUUUACAACUCUAAGAAGUCGUAUGAAACUCUUCGGAAGAGUUGUGCCACCUACAGGAGGAAGCUCGUAUCCAUAGAGAACAAGCUACGUGAAUUGGACUCCACCGAUGAGGCAUACGCCAAGUUCAUUGGGAUUCUGCUUGAAUGGCUUGUCAACUGA